CUAUUUUCUAUGGCAGAACUGCACUCAGCUGGGUUUGGGAAAACCAGUGAAGUCCUCUUUACUACAGUGCCGUAGUUUGGUAUCUGCUCUUGGAAGCCCUUGUCCACCUUCCCUUUCUGACUUGAUGAUAAGCACAGCACAAUCUCUUGCCCGGAGCUGGGAAUUCUGUAUUUCCUCAGCCAUCAGGAAAACCACCUCCUUUCUUGGAAACGUAUCUUCCAAGUGAAUCAUUCUUUCCAAAUCACAUAAUGUGUGCUGUGGCUCGACCCAAACCUGGGGUCACUGCUGAAGGUGCAGCUAUUGAAAACAGUGGAGCAGCAUAAUUCACUGAAUGUGCUUCCGGAUGACGAUGCAUAUUUUAAUUGAUGAUGUCGGAAGCUAAAUCUACAAUUCCCCAUACAUUCCAGCUUGUUAGCAACACAUAAAAUGCAAAGACCACAAUUCAGGAUCACAAAAACAUUGCUCUUACAUCUUUCUAGAUGAUUGUAGUUGCUCUGAUUGUGUUCUAUGCUAGCAGAAGCCUUCUCCAAGGUUUACUGCUGACUCUAGAGCAGCACAUCCCCUGCAUACUGGGAACUUUGGGUGCUAGCAACAUGGGCAACUCCUGUGUUUGUCGAGAUGAUAGUGGUGUGGAAGACAACGUAGAAUCCCAGAAUCCGCAAACACAGAAUAGUAGAGUACCAGUACCUGAAGCAAGAAGCCAUCCAAGGGACCCUGUAAGGCCACCCAGGAGGGGGCGAGGGCCACAUGAACCAAGAAGGAAAAAACAGAAUGUGGAUGGACUAGUGCUUGACACGCUGGCAGUAAUACGGACACUGGUAGAUAAGUAUGAAGGCUGGCUGGAAGUUGUCCAAUCUUUAAUUAGAGUUAUUCCAUUAGAAGAUCCAUUGGGGCCAGCUGUUAUAACAUUACUACUGGAUGAGUGUCCACUGCCAACAAAAGAUGCAUUGCAGAAAUUAACUGAAAUAUUAAAUUUAAAUGGAGCGGUUGCCUGCCAGGAUUCCUGUCACCCUGCCAAACAUCGUAACACAACUGCAGUACUGGGCUGUUUGGCUGAGAAACUAGCAGGUCCUGCAAGUAUAGGCUUACUCAGCCCAGGAAUACUGGAAUAUUUACUGCAGAGCUUGAAUUUCCAGUCCCAUCCGACGGUAAUGCUUUUUGCACUAAUAGCACUGGAAAAGUUUGCACAAACAAGUGAAAAUAAAAUGACAAUUUCUGAAUCCUGUAUUAGUGACCAGCUUGUUUUGUUAGAGAAAUGGACAGAUAAUCCAGACUAUUUAAAACGCCAAGUGGGAUUCUGUGCCCAGUGGAGUUUAGACAAUCUAUUUUUGAAAGAAGGCAGACAGUUUACAUAUGAGAAAGUUGACUUGACCAAUAUUAAGGCCAUGCUGAAUAGCAACGAUGUCAGCGAAUACCUUAAGAUCUCGCCACGUGGACUGGAGGCUCGAUGCGAUGCCUCCUCUUUUGAAAGUGUUCGAUGUACGUUCUGCGUUGAUUCUGGGGUUUGGUACUAUGAAGUCACAGUAAUUACUUCAGGAGUGAUGCAGAUAGGAUGGGCCACCAAAGACAGCAAGUUUCUCAAUCAUGAAGGUUACGGUAUUGGGGACGACGAGUACUCCUGUGCAUAUGAUGGCUGCCGGCAGCUGAUUUGGUAUAAUGCCAGAAGUAAACCACAUUCCCAUCCCUGUUGGAAAGAAGGAGACACAAUAGGAUUUUUACUCGAUUUGCAAGAAAAGCAAAUGAUCUUCUAUUUAAAUGGGAACCAGCUUCCCGCUGAGAAGCAAGUGUUUUCAUCUGCUGUAUCUGGCUUUUUUGCUGCAGCUAGUUUCAUGUCCUAUCAACAAUGUGAGUUCAAUUUUGGAGCAAAACCUUUCAAGUAUUCACCUUCAAUCAAAUUUAGCACCUUUAAUGAUUACGCCUUCCUGACAGCAGAGGAGAAAAUAAUUUUACCAAGACAUAGACGUCUGGCUUUGUUGAAGCAAGUGAGUAUCCGAGAGAACUGCUGCACGCUGUGCUGUGAUGAGGUAGCAGACACAGAACUCAGACCGUGUGGACACAGUGACCUGUGCAUGGAGUGUGCCUUGCAACUGGAGACCUGCCCAUUGUGUCGACAGGAAAUACAGACUAGAGUCAGACAGAUCUCUCACAUUUCAUGACACGUGGAGAAAUAUCAUGGACUUAUUUCUAAUCAAUUCCGGCCAAUGCUGCAAGGGACAAGCAUCUCUAACCAAUCUAUACGCACAUCAAAACCAUAGCCGUGACCAGAUUUCAUGCUACGCCAUAGUUUAUCUUAGAAAUGAAAUCUUUAAUAAACUAACCCAACUUGCCAGUGCUGGGGAACUGGCUUCAACAAUAGAUAAUAGUUCAACAUUUUAUGGCUGUUGGUUAUCUCCAAGCAAGACCACAGGAGAGUGUCUUUCUUUUUUCUUUCUUUUUUUCUUUCUCUCUCACCUAUCACAAGUGCUGAAAAAGAAUUUGCACUGGAAAUAUACACAAAGUACAUAAAAUCUUCUAAAACAGGGACAUUCUGUCUCAUGCUCUAAAGUCCUUAUUUUUGGCAGAAGUCAUGAAUAAAGUAAGCCAAUAUGUCUUUAAUGUAGCCUCCUGCUGGUCAGAGACUGUUUUCCGACAAUGGAUAUUAAACUGCUCAAAGACUUGAAAUCUGUACACAGACAGACUGGUUUGAAAAGAAGGUGCAGAGACUGUAGAAAAAUCCAAAUUUUUGAUAACUCAGUGAUUCCAAAGAACGUUCUGAUUUCUUUUUUUAAACUGCGGAAAAUUGGUGGUAUUUUCACAUUCAUAGUGUUUCUAAUUACUUCAAUUUCAGUACCCAUGUUUAGUGUAAGAAUUCCUCCUGAAAAUUAUUCUUUUCACUAAUUGUAAUGCUGGACGGGAGACAGUUUGAAAUGUUGGGUAUUUUUAAGGUACCAUCAAUCAUCUUUUUUUAAUCAGUAUUGUUUUUUGAAAGUUAUGUACAUUUUGAAAAUCUUGAGCUAUAUUCUCAAAAGGUCUGGAAAGAAUUCUGAGCAAAUGUAUUAAUAUUGUUUUAAACGAAUACAUGUUAUUUGAA